AUGGUCCCUCCACCGUUAAAUAGUCCGAAGCCGCUCUAUCCAACGGCACCAACUCUCUUUAUGCUUCGUCCCCGACGUGGUUUUGUCAGGCGAUCACUACCGAAGUGCUUUCACGCUGAGGAAAUUUAUCGAGGAUCUUGGGUCGAUUUGACCACCGGUCAGACUUCACAGUCGAAACCAUCGAGCGCAAGAGUACCACCGUUGCCGUCACAUACUGAUCACGUUAGAAUGCCUAACAUCAAAGUGUUUUCCGGAUCUUCACAUCGUGAUCUGUCGCAACGUAUAUGCGAAAGGCUCCAACUAGAGGUGUCGAAAGCAUCGUUGAAGAAGUUUAGUAAUAAGGAAACAAAUGUUGAAAUUGGCGAAUCAGUACGUGGCGAGGAUGUAUACAUCAUUCAGUCAGCUGCAGGAGAAAUCAAUGACAAUUUAAUGGAACUCCUUAUCAUGAUUAAUGCUUGUAAAAUUGCCUCAUCAUGUCGAGUAGCAGCCGUAAUCCCAUGCUUCCCGUAUGCUCGUCAGGAUAAGAAGGAUAAGUCGCGUGCGCCGAUAUCAGCAAAAUUGGUUGCUAAUAUGCUCUCAGUGGCUGGUGCAGACCAUAUUAUAACAAUGGAUCUUCAUGCGUCUCAAAUACAGGGUUUCUUUGACAUCCCUGUUGACAAUCUCUAUGCCGAGCCAGCCAUAUUAAAAUACAUCAAAGAAUCGAUACCAAACUGGCAAACGUCAGUGAUUGUAUCUCCUGACGCAGGAGGUGCAAAAAGAGUGACGUCAAUCGCUGAUCGCCUGAAUGUUGACUUUGCGCUCAUUCACAAAGAACGAAAACGUGCAAAUGAGGUAGAGAAAAUGACAUUGGUCGGAAAUGUCGAGGGAAAAGUUGCCAUACUUGUUGAUGACAUGGCGGAUACAUGUGGAACGAUCUGUAUGGCUGCUGACAAACUCGUCGAAGCAGGCGCAGAAAAAGUGUACGCAUUCUGUGUCCAUGGAAUCUUCUCAGGACCAGCAUUGCAACGUCUAAACAAUUCGAAGUUUGAAGCUGUUGUAGUGACGAAUACAAUUCCUCAGGAUGAGAAUAUGAAGCAGUGUCCGAAAAUUCAGUGCAUUGAUAUUUCAAUGAUUCUUGCGGAGGCAAUUCGUCGUACACACAACGGUGAAUCAGUAUCGUACCUAUUGUACUGCAAAAUCUGUCGGAUGCGGUUAGAUCUUGUUUUGAGCUUCCUAGCACUCCUCUUCGCAAAUUCAAAUGCUCAAACAUGGACGACUGGAGACAAUUCAACAGUUGUUGGUUGUAGUACCCAUUGUGCACUUAACGAUGAUGAUCUGACUUGCUGGAACACAACUUUGAAUUUCUUUUCCAAAGUGCUUAUUGGGCAACUGAGACAUUACAUAGCUGUUCAGGUCGAUAUCGAUCAGUGGCAUCGUCGACACGGAAAACCGGGUGGUCAGGAUAUGGAUUUGGUCGCUUCCGAAAUUGAGACUUCUUUCUUGAGCGAACUUCAACCGAAAGAUAUUCUUCAAAAGUCUACGGUUACGCAGGUUGCAAAGAUCCUCAGUGAUAGGAUUCGUAAUGUAUCUGACCAUGUAAUCACAUGGGUUCCACAUUUCCAAUGUCCCAUACCUUGUGAAUAUCGCCGUAACAAUUACCGCAAUCUGUUGAUAGCUUCGAUGAUCUUGAAUGCAUUGAGACUCGAUUGGUUAACUCGUAACAUGAACUGCUGCCUAGUGCCGAGUUACCACCAGAAACACUUUCCUUGA